CAACGUCAGGAGGGACCGGCAGCCCUGCUUUCCAUCCGGCUGGGCCGCCUGGCGGCUGGGUGAUGGAUGUGGCUGAACUGUGGAGCCUCUCAGAUCUGUUUCAUGCUUGCUAGAAACACCCUGCAGCGCGGGGCGGGGCAGGGAGACCCCAUUCACCUCUUGGGGGCAAGGUGGCCAGGACCCCGUGCAGGGCCUGCUCAGGGUGAGUCCCAGGACCUGCUGGGGAGGUGCGUGGGUGAGUCAGGGGCACGGCUCCAGAGGGACAGACAGUGACACUGCUGGAGCCAUAAAGGGGAGGUGACACGGUCCGGGCCCACCCCGAGGUCCUCUCUUCUGUCCUCGCCACAGCCCGAGGGUACAAACAAGUGACUCAGGACGGACGGGGGAGUGCCCCAUAACAGCUCAUACCAGUGUUCCGGGGCUAAAUUUAACCCACAGCUGCUGCUGCUGGCACUUUGAGAACAAGUUAAUCUUGGCCAAGGCUGGGGUGUGUGCGUGUACGUGCGCACUUUGGGUGCAAGAGUCUGGAGCAGGGCAGGCAUGGAGACUGGCUGUCCUGGGCCUCCACUCUGAGCCCUCAGAUCAGCCAGGCCACACUGACACCAGUGUCCACCUGGGCCCGAGAGCAGAGACGCAGUCCUGGAGCCUGAGUGCCAGGUGUUGGACACUGGAAUUCGAAUGUCCCCACCACCCUGGGAUGUUAGAACCUGGAGGGCUGAACACUCAGAGCGGGGGACGCCUAGCAGGGCUGACACGCUAGGAUGUCACAGCGCCUGUGUGCUCUCGGGGACACCACACCUCAGUGAGCUCGAAUCUCGGCAGGGCCUGGCUGGGGCCCUGCAGUCCAGUUCCUCCACCUCCGCCUGGUGUGGGAGGUAAACUGAGGCUUCGAAGAGAGACAGCCCUGCCCCGGGCCCCUCAGGGUAGUGGUGGCCUUGUUUACCUACGGGCUUCUCUGCAAGGAGAGUUUCAGGACAGAGGCAGAGAGAGGAAAAGGGUUCCCCAUUAAGGGCAGCAACAGACGGCUCAAGAGUGAUGGCCACGGUGCCGCUCACUGUGCAGGAAACCCAGACUCCGAACCGGACCCAGACAGGCCCAGAGGCGGGAAGGGAGGGAGGCGGAGAGGGCUCUGCCGCGGGGCGGCCCCCACCCCGCGGUUCCACUGGGAGGGGACAGGGAGGGCCCCAAGUUGGCCCACGCCCCACCCCACGGCCUCGACAAGGCUGCUCCGGGAGGGCCCCGCUGAGGCCUGGAGGCUCAUCUUUCAGGAGCGCUCUAUAAAUAGCGCGGGACAGCUGCGCCCAGGCACUGAGGCGCAGGGAGGCAGGUGCACGGAGGGGCCCUGGCACUGUCGCCGCACCCUAGGGCUCCCGCGGCACCGGCACUGCGUUCCCGGGCUCCACCAUGGCGCUGGGCUUGGAGCAGGCGGAGGAGCAGCGGCUCUACCAGCAGACGCUGCUGCAGGACGGGCUCAAGGACAUGCUGGACCACGGCAAGUUUCUGGACUGCGUGGUGCGCGCGGGCGAGCGCGAGUUCCCGUGCCACCGCCUGGUGCUGGCCGCCUGCAGCCCCUACUUCCGCGCGCGCUUCCUGGCCGCGCCCGAGAGCGGCGAGGUGCGCCUGGAGGACGUGUCGCCCGACGUGGUGGCCCAGGUGCUGCACUACCUGUACACGUCGGAGAUCGCGCUGGACGAGGCCCGCGUGCAGGACCUGUUCGCCGCAGCGCACCGCUUCCAGAUCCCGUCCAUCUUCACCAUCUGUGUGUCGUUCCUGCAGAAGCGCUUGUGCCUUGCCAACUGCCUGGCCGUGUUCCGCCUCGGCCUCCUGCUCGACUGCGCGCGCCUGGCCGUGGCCGCGCGCGACUUCAUCUGCGCGCGCUUCCCGCUGGUGUCGCGCGACGCCGACUUCCUGGGGCUCUCGGCGGACGAGCUCAUCGCCAUCAUCUCCAGCGACGGCCUCAACGUGGAGAAGGAGGAGGCGGUGUUCGAGGCGGUGAUGCGCUGGGCGGACAGCGGCACUGCCGAGGCCCGCGCCGAGCGCCAGUGCGCUCUGCCCACGGUGUUCGAGAGCGUGCGCUGCCGCCUGCUGCCGCGCGCCUUCCUGGAGACCCGCGUGGAGCGUCACCCGCUCGUGCGCGCCCAGCCCGAGCUGCUGCGAAAGGUGCAGAUGGUGAAGGAUGCGCACGAGGGCCGCGUGACCACGCUGCGCCGGAAGAGGAGGGACAAGGACAAGGAGAAGGGCGAGGAGCAGAGUCCCUCCCGGGAAGAGGCCCAGGGCCCGGAGGAGGAGGAGGAGGAGGGGGAGGAGGAGGAGGGAGGAGCCGAGCGCGUGCUGCCCGGCAUCCUGAACGACACGCUGCGCUUCGGCAUGUUCCUGCAGGACCUCAUCCUCAUGGUCAGCGAGCAGGGCACCGUGGCCUACGAUCCCGCAGCCAAUGAGUGCUACUGCGUCUCCCUUUCCACGCAGGUCCCCAAGAACCACGUGAGCCUGGUCACCAAGGAGAACCAGGUCUUCGUGGCCGGGGGCCUCUUUUACGACGAGGACAGCAAGGACGACCCCAUGAGCGCCUACUUCCUGCAGUUUGACCACCUGGACUCGGGGUGGCUGGGCAUGCCGCCGCUGCCUUCGCCGCGCUGCCUCUUCGGCCUGGGAGAGGCGCUCAACGCCAUCUACGUGGUCGGCGGCCGCGAGCUCCAGGACGGCGAGCGCAGCCUGGACUCGGUGCUGUGCUACGACCGACUAUCGUUCAAAUGGGGUGAGUCGGACCCACUGCCCUACGCCGUGUACGGCCACGCGGUGCUGUCUCACCUGGACCUCGUCUACGUCAUUGGGGGCAAGGGCAGUGACAGGAAGUGCCUCCGCAGGACCUGUGUCUACCAUCCUGAGAAGUUCGAGUGGAAGGAGCUGGCGCCCAUGCAGACGGCGCGCUCUCUCUUCGGGGCCACUGUGCACGAUGGCCGCAUCUUUGUGGCAGCGGGGGUCACAGACACGGGGCUGACCAGCAGCGCUGAGGUGUACAGCAUCGCGGACAACCGGUGGUCGACCUUCGAGGCCUUCCCGCAGGAGCGCAGUUCCCUCAGCCUGCUCAGCCUGGCGGGCACCCUCUAUGCCAUCGGGGGCUUCGCCACGCUGGAGACCGAGUCUGGAGAGCUGGUCCCCACAGAGCUCAACGACGUCUGGAGAUACAGCGAGGAGGAGGAGAAGUGGGAGGGCGUCCUCCGGGAGAUCUCCUAUGCGGCCAGCGCCACCUUCCUGCCCGUGCGGCUCAACGUGCUGCGCCUGACCAAGAUGUGAUGCCUGCAGCCACCCUGUGGCCAGGGAGGAGGCCAGGAGAGGCGGAGCUGCCAGCCGUGGUGGGGCUGGUGGGGCUGGGUGCCGGGAGCCACGGGGAGGAAUCCGGCAGCGCCCAGCCCGGCCCUGUGUGCUGUGCUGUGCUGUGCUGUCCCCCGCCUGCCGUCUGAGGGGAAUAAAGUGGCUCGGGCUCUGGGCUCUGCUGCUGCGCUGCGAGAGGAGCCGGGAGGGCCUCUGAGGGUCUCUGCUGCCCUGCGCCCUGCCCUCUGCUCUGUGCUCUCUGUCCCCACCCCCAUGGACGGGAGCUGGGGCCACCAGAAGAGGCUGGAGCCCAGGCGGGGUAGAAAAGCUUUAUUCUCAGUGGGCGCCCGCCGUGCUACUCCGGCUUCUCCUUGCCCUGCCCCGGCUCUGGCUCCUCCUCCAGGGCCAGGGUGCGCUCCCGCUCCUUCACCAGCUGGACGCCACAGUAGGUGACAAGCAGGACGGCCAGUGUGGUCUGGGGGAACCCUGUGGGGUGGAGGCGCGGAUCGGGGCGCCAUCCCUGGGUCCUCCUUCCGCCCCGAGGCCCUCCCUGCCUCUCAGGUGGACGCCCGACCCUCACCUGUGAGGAGCAGGCGCCGGGCCACCAGCUCUGUGAACUCAAGGCUGUUCAGGCUCACGAGGUUGUACAUGAUGAUCGCCCAGAAGUUCAUGGCCCCGAAGAGGGCGCGCACCCGGCGGCUCAUCUGCUCCGACAGGGAGGCCUGCCCGGCCAAGUGGGAGCCGCGGUGAGGCGCGAAGGGAGGAGGACGUGGCGCUCAGCAGCCUGGCCCGGCUGCUCGGGCCUGGGCUGUGUCGGGUCCUGGAGCCCCAGGCCGGCUCCCCUCAUGGUCAGAUGUGGGGACAUGGAGGCCCAACCCACAGCCAGGCCCAGGCUGGGUGGCCUGGUACCCAGGCAGGGCCAGUGCCUGACACGGGGUCCACGGUGAGCGCGCUGCCCUGCGCUGGGGCCAGGGAGUGGGGCGAGGCCCGAGCAACAGCGCCCCUCUGUGCCCCCCUGUGCCCUCACCUGCCUCCGCACCCCCCUGGGCCCUGUCCGCCCCUCCCGCCCGCUCCCUGCUCACCUCCAUCUGCGCCAGUGGCCUGUGCUCUGCCAGCUUCUGGACCCAGAGCUCAAAGUUGAGGCCGAAGCAGUUGAGGACAGACCACAGGAAGACAAUGUCACAGGGCCCGAGCCACAGCGUGGUGACAGCAAACGUGGCCACCGAGGCCACCAGCUCGGGGAUCACGGCCGAGUGGUCCCCACCAAUGUGGUCAUACACGUACCUGCAGGGGACGGCAGCCGUGGGUGUGGGAAGGGGCAGGGGCAGCCGGGAGCCAGCGUUGGGCGCUGCCCUGGGGCUACUGCUGUCCCAACCUAGGCCGCUGCCCUCGAGGCGCUGCAUGGCCGCCCUGGGCCUGGUGUCUGUCUCCUGUCUCCUCCCACCCAGGGCUCUGCUGGGACACCUGAGCCCCUGACAUGUGCGCCCCCUGCUGGUGGCUUCCCUCAGGGGCUACUGAGCCUGUGGUGCAGCACCUUCUCAGCUGCUUGGGGUGCGAGUCCUCUGCGCCUGGGGGUCCCCGACUCCCACUCACAGCUAAGGCCCCACUCAGUCCCGACCACCGCUCCCCACCUCCCUCUCUGCCCCGGCCAAGGUACCCCCUCGUGGCCAGAGCCUCUGUGGUCUUCCUGCUCCCCCACUGCCCACCCUGGACCCAGGGAUCUUCAGGGGUAGCCUGGACCCGCACUGCCUCCUGUCACACUGUGUGGCCCAGGUUGGCUUGGAGCUGCAGCCCCCUGCCUCAGCCUCCGGGAUGCUGGGAACACCGGCAUGCACCACCUUGCCCGCUGAGCUUCCCUCACAGUGGGGGUCAGUCGCCCCUUCCCAGGGCUAGGCGCCCGCCCAACCUCACCAACCUCACCACCCCUGCUGCGUGCCCCGGGACCUUGGCCUUGCACACACUGCUCUUUCUCUCGGCAUUUGUUCCUGCCUGUCCGAGCCUCUCCAGUCCCAGUUCAGACCCGAGAAGCUCUCCCCAGUGCCCAGAGGCUCCUGCAGCACAGUCUUGCUCUUCUGAACACCCAGGCCACCCGAAGUCGCCUGUGUGUGGCUGCUUCUCCUCACCAGACCCCCUCAGCCCCAAGUUCAGGGUCUACCAUGUUCACAGCUGUUUGUCCAGUGCCCAGGACAGGGCCCAAAACAGCAGGGCUCUGUGGACGUGUGUUGAAUAAAACCACGGGAGACCCGCUGAGGAACCAG